AUGUCGCUUGUAACUUUACUCAUAACACUCGUCUGUUCUGCUUCCUUAGCCCUAAUAUGGAUUAUCAUCUUAACUGUGAGAUUUUGCAUUAUCCGCAAACUACGUGAACGCAAUGAACUUCUGUUGAUAGUGGCUUACUUAAUCUUGAGUGGAGUUUAUCCAUUAGGCCACCUAUUUAUGGCUUGGCAACGGGUGGAGAAAUAUUUGAACGCGAAGGAACAUGAUCAGAUAUACUCACUGCGUUAUGAAUGUUUAUAUAAUCCGGCAGUUAUCCUUCAGAAUAUAGGCUCAUGGUCGAUUUCUUUCACAGUUGCCUUCACAGCCCUUUGUCUCAUCUACGUCGCCACAUAUCCUAUAGAGUUUUUCGAUGUUUUCGAUUGGCAUAUCGCUUUGUUACCUUUCGGAGGAACAAUCGCCUGUACAACCAUCGCUGUUGUUACUGAGAUUUGGUUUAUGAAUUACAAAAAGUGUGAGAAUACUCGACUGUCUGGUUUGUGUUUUCGAAUUGAUGUGCUUGGCGAGGAUUUCUAUCGAAUGACUCAGCUCAUACGCAUAUCCAUAUUCAGCUUAAGCUUUGUCUCAGUAAUUAUAGCAUAUGUGAAAGCGAAGAAGAGAAUGCAACCCAACGUCAGCAAUGAUUGGCGCUUCCUAAUGCAUACGAAGCGAAUGUUUGGAACAAUUCUGAAACUAGGCAGAAUUAAGAUAUAA